AUAUUUCCUCUUAUAACCAACAACAAAUAGAUACACACACUACCUGCAUUGCUAUCCCUUCUUCACACACACUCUUCAGUCUCUCAUUCUUUUUAUUCAAUUCAAUUUUAUUAUUAUGCUACAGCUCUAGUAUCUGUUCCAAUAAAAUAGGAUUCACAUAUCAUAGAUUGAUACAUAUAUACGUGUGUGUGUGUCGGUGUGUUCUGUUUUUUGGAUCUAAAUUAUUAAUAAGAACAAAAAUGGGUAUAGAUCCGAGACAAAUAGUGGCAGGUGUACUUACAGCAACUAUGUUUUUAAUGCUUGGAAACAUGAUUAAGCGUCAACACUUUGAUGCUCCAAUUUCCCAUCAUGUAAGAUCUACUCAGAGCUUUGAUGACAACAAAGAUUUGGAUAGAAGCUUUGUCGUAAAUGGGGAUAGAGCUUGGAAGGAAGAAAGUGAUGCUCUUAAGCCUUGUUGGUCUAAAUCGGUUUUAGAUGAACCGGAAGAAUCUAAAGGGUUUGUUACUUUUUCGUUGACCAAUGGUCCGGAGUAUCAUGUGUCCCAGAUUGCUGAUGCAGUAGUAGUGGCAAGAUACUUAAAGGCAACACUUGUGGUUCCCGACAUUAGGGGAAGCCAACCUGGUGAUCGGAGGAACUUCGGAGAUAUUUAUGACAUUGAGAAUUUUGUAACUAGUUUAGAUGGAGUAGUGAAAGUAGUAAAAACUCAGCCCGCUAAGCUAUCAUCAGAAAACCUUGCUGUUUUGAGAAUUCCUAAUAGAGUGACGGAAGAAUACAUUACAGAAAAUAUAGAACCGGUAUUUAAAACCAAGGGGAAUGUAAGGCUGGCGACUUAUUUCCCUUCAGUGAACAUGAAAAAGGGUGUAGCCGAACAAGAGGAAAAAGUGUCGGUGGGAUGUUUGGCCAUGUUUGGAACACUUGUGCUACAACCUGAGGUUCGUGAAGUUGUUGACUCAAUGGUUGACCGCUUGAAAACCUUGAGCCGGAAGUCAGAUGGGGAGUUUGUUGCAGUGGACGUGAGGCUUGAUAUGUUGGAUAAAAAGGGUUGUCAAGGUUCGAAAAAAUGUUAUGGUCCUCAAGAGAUUGCAUUAUUUUUGAAAAAGCUUGGGUUUGACAAGAACAGUGCUAUUUAUUUGACACAAUCAAGGUGGGAUAGCAGCCUUGAUUCCAUGAAGGAUCUUUUCCCAAAAACUUACACAAAGGAAGGGAUUAUGCCAAUGGAAAUGAAGCAAAAGUUUUUGGAAUCAGAUUCUUCAGAAUAUGAGAAGGUGAUAGACUUUUACGUAUGUUCAGAGAGCGAUGUGUUUGUACCAGCAAUAUCAGGAUUGUUUUAUGCAAAUGUUGCUGGUAAAAGAAUAGGUUUGGGGAAGACCCGAAUUCUGGUUCCUGAUUCUGAUGCUUCUCCUUCAGCUUCUGUUGGGCAUUAUGUUUCUCGUUAUGUAUCAAAGAAGAACCAUAUGGCGUAUUCAUGUUUCUGCUAGAACACAACAGUAUGAAAUAAAUGUUUGAAGUUGGGGUGUAGAAUCCAUAGUUUGAUCAGACUGCUGGUUUUCUUCUUUUGUUAGAUUGAUUUUGAUAUAUUUAUGAAAGGGACACUAAAGAGUGUAACAAACAAUUGUGUUGUAAAACAUUGCGUUCAAAAUCUGUAUCUAGUAUUGGCAGUCAAAAACCUCUUGUAUUGUUUU